AUGAAGAUUAACCCGUCGUCGUCAUUCCUUCUCUUCCUCCUUCCCGCCAUCUCGGCCGCAUUCACAGACGCCACAUAUAAUGACAAUAUAAAUUUGCGGGUUUCACGUGGUGCUUCUGAUGUCAAUUCUCCCUCCGUUAAUUCAGGCACAGUCGCAUCCAAUGUCGCCAAGGGGGCGCUGGACGUCCCCGUGGAUGGCAAGGAUGGCAGACCGCACGCUGGCCCAUGGGUGGAAACCAGCGGAGACCGGGAUCGCAAGAGCGCCAAGGGAAGCGAGGAUAUUGACCCAGUCUCAUACGACACGAAGAUCCCCUCGUCGCAGCACAUCAGCACUGAAGAUGGGAAGGUGAUCCCGCAUUCGAACGGCGGCGUCAUGGACGAUCCGUAUCGUGCGGGCCCGAAAGAAGGCACUCGGGGCACCGAAGGUGGUGUGUCGGAGAAAGGAAAGGGGAAUCAAUACGCAUCCGAAAAGGUGCCUGGUAGCCCGAAGGAGGCGCCUCCAUUGCCGCACAGCGAGACAAAGAAGUUGGGGUCUGACAGCGAUGGUACAUCCACUGGCAGUGGAAGUCGGUCUGCAGAGGGUGAUGGUACUCUUGGGAUGCUUGAGAAACCCGCCGAUUUACCGGAAAAGCCACACGAUAUCCCACACCCUAAGCCCCCGGCCAUGGUCAACGAUGAUCCGCUCGCUCUUGAGCAUGGCUCUCUCGGUUCAGGCUCAUCUUCCAGCUCUUCUUCAUUGAACCACGACUCAAGCUCUGACAUCCCCGAGCAAGGCAGCUCGCUGCACUCCCUCGUUUUCUCCUUCACGAUGAUUCUCGUCUCUGAGAUCGGUGACAAGACAUUCCUUGUUGCUGCCCUCAUGGCAAUGCGCCACCCCCGUCUGGUGGUCUUCACAGCUGCGUUCAGCGCCUUGAUUGGCAUGACAGUCCUCUCAGCUGUUCUAGGUCAUGCCGUCCCUACUCUAAUCCCGAAGACCUUCACCAAGUUCAUGGCUGCUAUUCUAUUCCUGAUUUUUGGCAUCAAGAUGCUCAAGGAAGGUCGUGAAAUGUCUCCGGAUGAGGGUGUCGGCGAAGAAAUGCGCGAGGUUGAGAUGGAACUGGAGGAGAAGGAGCACCAGCAGCUGCGUAUGGACCGCCGUCGCUCUUCGGUUACUCUCCACUCUCUCGAGGCCGGUCGCGCUGGCCGCCCCAAGACCCGCGGCUCUGGCAACCGCCUGCCUUCUCCUCCAGAGAGUGUCUCCUCUUCCUCGUCCCGUGGCUCUUCUCCUCGACCCCGUCAGCGAUUAAACGAUCUCGUUUCGGGCUUGAACAACCUCUUCUCGCUGCUUCUCAGCCCCGCGUGGGUGCAGACCUUUGCUAUGACUUUCCUCGGUGAAUGGGGUGACCGCAGCCAGAUCGCCACGAUCGCCAUGGCAGCCGGACAGGACUACUGGUGGGUGACCAUCGGAGCCAGUGCCGGUCAUGGAAUCUGCACAGCCGCCGCCGUAAUUGGUGGUCGGGCCAUCGCUGGCCGGGUCAGCAUGCGUGUUGUGACUCUUGGCGGUGCUGCUGCAUUCCUCGUUUUUGGCGUCAUCUACUUCAUAGAAGCCAUCUUUUAG